UAGAACCAUGGAUGGAAUCAAGAUAUGGUGUUGUUAAAUCACUCUGGAAAAACGGUCAAACUGGGAUUAAUUUAAUUAGAAUUGAUUUUGCCCGGGACCAAGAAAAAAACUUUAAAGUAUUAGAACUAAAUACAGCAAAUCAAUCCUGUUGGAUAAUAGCAAAUUUGGUUGAGAAAGAAACAUCAGCUGAUAAAAUUGGUGUUCCUCUUGCACCCCAACCGAUGUUUCAUGCAAAUUAUGUGUUAAAUAAGUUAGGACCAAAUAUAGCAAUUAUUAUUAUAGAUACAAUGGUUGAAUGUGAUUUAUUGACGAGACAAAUUGAAAGUUUAGGUGGACAAGCCAAAACUUUCUACCUUACUGAAGCUGCCAUUCAAGAUAUUAUCGAUUUUGCUCCCACUGGAUUAUUUUGGAGAUGUCAUACCGGGUUGAUAGAACGUUCAGAACUAAUAUUCAAGCUAUCAAACUUAAGAUUGCCGCAAAUACCUUCGUUUGAAUGCAUGUUUAUAUCCGGUGACAAAUCAUUUCUAUCCAUCCUAUAUGAUAGAGACAUGACUGAUGCUAUUCCUAAAACUUACGCACUAUCAAAAAGUGAUCUGACAAAAAAUCUUAAUCUUUUAGAACAACAUAAAGCAGUUCUUAAGGCAGGCGAUUCAAGCAGGGGUAGAGAAAUUGUAAUUGGAAAAAAUUUUAAAAAUAAUUGGGAAGACAAAUUAAAAGAGGUUAUGAAUUCAAAUAAAGAAUGGAUAAUACAAGAACUCUGUUGUUUACAAAAUACCAAAGAUAAUAGGUAUGAAGAUCUUUCAGUUUUUGUUGCUGAUGGUGUUGUUCAGGGCUUUAUGUCUAGAAUUAGUGAUACCGAAAUUAUAAAUAUUCCCCAAGGUGGAUUUUUCCAACCCGUUAUCUUGAAAUAUGAUGAUUAA